AUGGAUGCUCAGGCACUCGCGACAGUUCUAAGAGAGUUCUCAUUAGCAAAUCAAGAAUUUUUUGAGAAAAUAUUAAACAAAAAUGAAGAAGUAUUGAGAAGAGUGAUUAACGGGAAAAAAUCCGCUAAUUCAACUCCAACCUUUCGACGGUUUGAGAGAAAUGUUGAAAAGUGGUCGAUAUAUAUUCAGCAGAUGCAUCAACAUUUUGUGGCACAUCAAGUGAAAGACGAUGUAUUAAAACGCGCAUGUUUCCUUUCGUGGAUAGGUACAGAGACAUUUGAACUUAUUCAAAAGUUAUGUGACAAUAAUAUAGAGAAUAAGUCUUUUGGUGAACUACUAGCAAAAUUGGAUAAUCAUUUUGCGGAAAAACAGCAUAUAUUAGCAGCACGUUUUAAAUUUCAUUUAAUACGAAUGAAAGCAAAUCAAUCAUAUGCUGAGUGGGUGGCAGAACUGCGUGGUGCGGCUAAAGAGUGCAUGUUCCUAUGUACUAGUGAAACUUGCCAGCAAUCGUUUAUAGAUAAUUGUAUACGAGAUAUGGUUGUGAUACACACACCACACGAUAAAGUCCGUAGUGCCGCGUUGCAGAAAACAAACCCAUCGCUAGAGGAAGUACUGCAGAUAGCAGCAAUAUAUGAAGCAACGGUUAAAACUUGUAACGAAAUUAGAGGUGAAGAUAUCAGUCAAACAGUUAAUGAAGUUAAUCACAGUUCAAGUAAGAAAGUUAAACAGAAUCGAAGUAAUAUUAAGUCCCGAAAUUCAGUGAAGGGAGGACAAUCGUGUCCAGCUUGUGGGAAAGCACAUCAAAGAAAUCAAUGUUAUCAUUACAAGAACAAAACAAAGUGUCGGUUAUGUACAAAGCAAGGUCAUAUUGCUGCAGUUUGUCAAUCAGCAGUGACAGGUAUUCAGCAGAAUUCUAAUUUUAAGGUUCGAAGACAGGAACAAAAUAGAGCAAGAGAUGUAUAUUCUAUGAGUGAUGUUUCAUUUGAGUCAAUUAAUGCGAAUGAAACAACGGAAGUUAAAUCAGUUGAUUCGCAACUUAGUUCAUCUAAAAUUUUCGUUGACCUCAAUAUAAAUAACGAAAUUUUAACAUUUCAAGUAGAUACUGGUGCAACAUGUUCCUUAAUUGGUUUGGCGGCAUAUAAACAACUGGGUAGACCUAGUUGUGGGCCUACGAAUAAAGUUCUGAGAGCGUAUGGAGGAGCUGUUAUUUUUCUUAAGGGUUCUCUCAGAGUAAAUGUCAAGUAUGGAAAUAUUACUCGAAGGCUUGAGAUACUUGUAGUUAACGAUGAAUAUGUUACUAACAUACUGGGAUUGGAUUUGUUUACAGUAUUAAAUUUCAAACUGCAGUUACCUGUUAUUGAAUGUUAUGCAAAUAAUCCUUGUGACAGUCAACAAAGUUUAACCGCAUCUCUACAUGAACUCAGAUGUCAACAUGCUAACAUUUUUUCUUCGAAAUUGGGGCGUUGUACGUUGUUCAAAGCUGAAAUCAGAUUGAAGUCAGAUGCUAAGCCUAAAUUCUUUAAACCAUACAACCUGCCGUUUGCGAAAAGAGAAGACGUUCGCAUCGAAAUUGAUCGGUUGGUAAAUAUUGGAGUUUUGAAAGCUAUCAGAAGCAGCGUCUGGGCCGCUCCUAUAGUUGUAGUGUCAAAGCCAAAUGGAAAAUUACGUAUUUGUGCAGAUUUCAGAAUUGGUGUGAACUCGCAAAUUGAGAUUGACAGGUAUCCAAUUCCUAUAGUUGAGGAACUUUUUUAUAAACUUCAAGGAGGACAAUUUUUCACAAAAAUUGAUCUUAGUGAAGCGUACUUGCAAGUAGAAUUGUCUGACGCAACAAAAGAAUUUCUAGUCAUUAAUACGCCAUUUGGUUUGUUCCAGUUUCAACGAUAG